GCGCAUGCAGUAAGUUGCAGCCUACUUCCACGCGCAACUGCACAUUCUUUUUUUCUUCUUAAGCCGUACUUCGUAUUCUUAUUCGUCUUUGUUCAUUACUAUUAUUAUUGUGGCUUGUUUGUAUGUAAUACGUUUCCUUUUGUAUGUUACCUAGCAGAAGCGCGCGGUGUUUUUUUUUGCAACGGAGGAGCAGCAUGCUGUACGCCGGCGUGCGCGCACGGCUGUCGCAGCGUCCUUUCCGCUGCGUAGGAGCGGCCGCAACGUACGCAGUAGCAGCCGCCCCCACCGCGUCCACCCGCAGCGGCCUCGUGCACUCCACUCGCCCCCUGCUCUUCUUCUCUUCCUGGCUUGGCCAGAGCAGCAACUACCGCGGCAGCGCGGUGGCUUCCGCCAAGGUAACCGCCAAGGACACCUUCAUCAGCGAAAAUGCCGUGGGCCUCGGCCGGCAGGACGUCGGUCAGCCCAUGGCGAAUGAGUCGGUGGAGGCAACGGAGGGCAACGCGGUUGGCGGCCAGAGUCCGCGUGGGGGCCUGCCGCGGCAGCAAAUGGGCGGUGGCGCCUCGCCGGGGUCGACCGUGCCGAAGCAAGCCAUUGACGAUAUUCUCAUCGAGCGCGGCGCGCACCUGACCGGGCCGAGUCGACGUCCUGUAUCCUACGACUUGGAGAUACACCGCGCAGCGCGGGCGCGGGAGGCGCAGCAGCAGCAGGCCACGGUGGAGUACGCGAAGGAGUUUGACGAGGCGAACAUGCCGCGGCACCCGGACGACCCAAACCGCACCCGCGCCAGCUGGGAGUUUACCCCGACAGCGGAGCACAAGGCCCUCGUGCUACUCCUCUACCGCAACGUGUUGAAGGGGCUCAUGCAUUACAAGAGCGUGCGGAAGCGGAGUAUGAUCGCCUACGCGCGCAUGUGCUUCCGUCGUCGUGCACAGGCCACGGAGAAGCUGCUCAUCGACGAGUGCAUCGAGGAGUGUCGUCGCGCGAUCUACGUGCUGGAGAAGCACCACAACUUUACAAAGACGGGCACCUACGAGUUCGACUCCAUGUCCAUACCGAAGGACACCGGACAGGACGUGAAGACGUACAUGGAGGAGGUGUACGAUCCGGAGGUGUCGCGGCAGCAGUUUCAAAGCUUCGCCGACGUGGAGCCGGGGAAGGAGCAUCUGCACCGGCAGGGCCUCGGGCCGACGUCCGGCGCACACCACUGGAAGGAUCAGCGGUCGUCGGAGGCUUUUAAAGUGGAGAUUCGCGACGAGGACAAGGCGCUGCGCCCGCCACCACCGCCUGGCAUGGCAAGCUGA